CUGUUGCUCCCCUCCCCCUCCUCUUAAACCGCUGGUCCUCGUUCCACCGCUACUUGCCUCCUCCAAGACUCGUUCACUCCCAACGCUAACUACUAAUUUCGGCAAAUCCAUAGCCGAGAAAAAAGAGAGACAGAGAAGGAGAGAGAGCGAAAGGAAACGGAGAUGGACCCGUGUCCGUUCGUCCGGGUCCUCGUCGGAAACUUGGCGCUCAAGAUUCCGGUGGCGGCGCGGCCGGCGGGGGCCGGCGUCCACCCCUCCACCUCGCCGUGCUUCUGCAAGAUCCGGUUAAACAAGUUCCCCUACCAGACGGCGGUCGUCCCCCUUGUACCGCCGGAAGCCUCCUUCCCCAGCGGCGGCGACCAGCACUCCGCGGCGCUGACACUCGCCGCGGUUUUCCACCUCGCCCGCGCGGACCUCGAGAAGCUCUCCGGGAAGUCGAUCUUCGCGGGGGCGAAGGCCCGGCUUAAGGUGGCCAUCUACACCGGCCGGCGAGGCACCACCUGCGGGGUCAACUCUGGCCAGCUCCUCGGGAAGGUGAAGCUGCCGCUGGAUCUCAAAGGGGCGGACCGGCGGGCGUGCGUGUUCCACAGCGGCUGGGUCUCCGUCGGGAAAGGGUCCAAGAGCUCGUCGGCGCAGCUCUACCUCACCGUCCGGGCCGAUCCCGACCCCCGCUUCGUCUUCGAGUUCGGCGGCGAGCCGGAAUGCAGUCCCCAGGUGUUCCAGGUCCAGGGCUCCAUGCGCCAGCCCGUCUUCACCUGCAAGUUUAGCUGCCGGAGCCUCGUCGAUUGGAAUUUGAGAUCCAGGUCGGUGCCGGCGGAGCCGUGCAGUUCGAGAAGUUGGCUGGCGUCGUUCGGGUCGGAGCGGGAGCGCCCGAUCAAGGAGCGUAAGGGGUGGUCGGUGACCGUCCACGACCUCUCCGGCUCGCCGGUGGCGCUCGCCUCCAUGGUGACGCCCUUCGUGGCGUCCCCGGGGACCGACCGAGUGAGCCGCUCGAACCCCGGCGCAUGGCUCGUGCUCCGUCCGGGCGACGGCACCUGGAAGCCCUGGGCCCGCCUCGAGGCUUGGAGGGAGCGCGGCGGCGGCACGAGCGACGGCCUCGGUUACCGAUUCCACCUCGUCCCGGACACCGCCAUGAGCGCCGGCGUCCCGCUAGCCGAGUCCACCGUCAGCACCAGCAGGGGAGGCAAGUUCACCAUCGACCUCACCGGCGCCGGAGGAUCGCCGGCGGGGAGCCCGAGGGGGAGCGCCGAGUUUGGUGCCGGGCCGUGGCCCUUCUCGUGGUACCGGGGAUUCGUGAUGUCGUCGACGGUGGAGGGUGAGGGGAAGUGCAGCCGGCCGUCGGUGGAGGUCGGGGUCCAGCACGUGGGGUGCACGGAGGACGCGGCUGCCUUCGUGGCGCUCGCGGCCGCCAUCGAUCUCAGCAUGGACGCCUGCCGGCUCUUCUCGCGCAAGCUCCGGAAGGAGUUGAGCUCACCGGACCUGUUCCGGUGAUUCUCGUCCGUCUGAUUUGUCUGCAAAUGUUUUGUUUUUUCCUUGCUCGUACGAUCAUAUUAACGGCUAAUUUUACCAACUGAUUGGAGUUUGUUUGGUUGGUUAUCCUGUCGCAUUUGUACAGUGGAGGAGACUUCUGUUCUUGUGAGGAUUAUUUCAUCCUUGUUUUGACGUGCGAUUCGGCUGAAAAGUUAA